UGGGCGGGGCUGGAGUGAGUGCGCGCUCUGGAGUGUCGGGGACGCGCUGGGAUCAGAGAGGAGACCGGUUUGUGUAGCGGGAGCUGCUGUGACAGCCAGAGGGGCCCGACAUGGAGACACCGGAGGAUCAGCGCUAGUGACGGACACUCAGGGGCCCAACUGCUCCCGCGCUACCGACACAAUGAGCGGCUCCUCGGGCACCGCCGGACCCCCCUGCCGCCUGGCUCAUUACUUCGUUAUCUGCGGGACGGACGCGGACAGUGGCCUCGAACCGGAUGAACUGGCGGUUUUGUACCAAUGGCUCGAGGCAGACCGGCAUGGCAGGGGCCACGACACAGGGGAGAACUUUGAGCAGAGCCCGCUGCGCAGGACCUUCAAGUCUAAAGUUCUGGCCCAUUAUCCGCAGAACGUCGAGUGGAAUCCCUUCGAUCAAGAUGCCGUUAACAUGCUGUGCAUGCCCAAGGGGCUAUCAUUCCGGACACAAGCCGACAACAGGGACCCGGAGUUCCAUUCCUUCAUCAUCACCAGAGAGGACGGUUCCCGCACCUACGGCUUUGUGCUGACGUUUUUCGAGGAGGUGACCAGCAAGCAGAUGUGCGCAGCCAUGCAGACGCUGUAUCACAUGCACAAUGCGGAGCAGUCGGGCAGCGUCUACGCCUCGUCGUCGUGCAGCAUGGACUCUCUGGCGAGCAGCAUGGAGGACGGCGACGACACGUCAUUGGCCAAGACCCAGCAGCGCUACAACUCAUAUGACAUCAGCAAGGACACGCUGUAUGUAUCCAAGUGCAUCUGUCUGAUCACUCCGCUGCCGUUCAUGCGAUCCUGCAAGAAGUUCCUGACGCAGCUGUACAAGGCCGUCAACUCCCCGCAACCCCCGCCUCUGCCGCUGGAGAGCUACAUCCAUAACCUACUGUACGAGGUGCCUCUGCCUCCCCCGGGGAGGUCUCUCAAAUUCUACGGGGUGUACGACCCUAUUGUGUGCCAGAGGCCGGGGCCCAGCGAACUGCCGCUCUCCGACUACCCCCUAAGGGAGACCUUUGAGUUGUUGGGACUGGAAAAUCUGGUGCAACUUUUCACCUGCGUCCUGCUGGAAAUGCAGAUCCUGCUCUAUUCCCAAGACUACCAGCGUUUAAUGACUGUUGCUGAGGGCAUCACCUCUCUCCUGUUCCCGUUUCAAUGGCAGCACGUCUACGUCCCCAUCCUACCCGCCUCCCUCCUACAUUUCCUCGAUGCUCCUGUUCCCUACUUAAUGGGUCUUCAGUCCAAAGAAGGGACCGACCGCUCCAAACUCGAACUUCCUCAAGAGGCCAACCUGUGCUUUGUUGAUAUCGAUAACCACUUCAUCGAGCUGCCCGAGGAGUUCCCCCAGUUUCCCAACAAAUUGGAAUUCAUUCAGGAGAUCUCGGAGGUCCUUUUGCAAUACGGCAUCCCCCCCGAGGGCAACUUGCACUGCAGUGAGAGCGCCACCAAGCUGAAGAGCCUGGUCCUGGACGACUGGGUCAACGAUAAGAAGAACGGCAACCUGUCGGCCAAUAACAUCAACAUGUACGAGCUGCUGAAAGGCAACGAGACCAUCGCCCGGCUGCAGGCCCUGACCAAGAGGACGGGGAUCACCAUGGAUAAAAUCAACCUGGCGGCCCCCACGAUGGACCCGGAGGAGGAGCAGAAGGUGCAGUGCGCUGAGAAGGAGCUUCAGGACUAUAAACUCAACGUGCAGCUCCGGGAAGUCUUCGCCAGUCGCUUCACCCAGAUGUUCUCCGACUACGAGGCCUUCGUGAUCCAGUCGGCCCAUGAUAUGGAGUCGUGGCUGAACAACAGGGAGCAAAUGCAGAACUUCGACAAGGCUUCCUUUCUGUCGGACCAGCCCGAGCCCUACCUGCCGUUCCUCUCCCGUUUCAUCGAGACGCAGAUGUUCGCCACAUUCAUAGACAAUAAAAUCAUGUCCCUGUGGGACGAGAAGGAGCCGCUGCUGCGAGUGUUUGAUUCCAGGAUUCAGAAGACGCGGCUGUACAACGGCCGGGCCCCUGCGUUACGAACCUCGAAUUAUCAGAAGUGCACUACCCUGAAGGAGGCAGCCCAGGCCAUCGAGCAGCGGCUCACUAAGAUCGAUCACACGGCCGUCCAUCCCCACCUGCUGGAUAUGAAGAUUGGCCAGGGCAAGUACGAGCAGGGCUUCUUCCCCAAGCUGCAGUCUGACGUCCUGAUGACCGGACCGACCAAUAACAACCGAUGGGUCAGUCGUAGUGCAACAGCGCAGCGGAGGAAAGACAAACUGCGACAGCACUCGGAGCACCUGGGCCUAGACAAUGACCUUAGGGAGCCCUCAGAGGAGAUAGUGAUCCGGCAGAACUCUAUGGCAUUCUGGGAGUGGGAUCAGGGGUCCCCCCCUCCAGCACGGCCUCCCAAAAAAUCCUACUCUGAGUGCUGUCUGAAAUACAUGCAAGAAGCCAGGGGUCUGGGCAAAACUGUCAGGCAACCAAAAUUAUCGGAUCUCUCCCCGGCAGUUAUUGCUCAGACUAAUUCCAAGUUUGUUGAAGGAUUAUUAAAAGAAUGUCGCAUGAAGACAAAGCGGAUGUUGGUGGAGAAAAUGGGCCAUGAAGCGGUGGAGUUGGGCCAUGGAGAGGCAAAUAUCACUGGGCUAGAAGAGAAUACUCUGAUUGCCAGCCUGUGUGACCUGUUAGAGAGAAUCUGGAGCCACGGCCUCCUCAUCAAACAGGGUAAAUCUGCGUUGUGGUCGCAUCUGGUGCAGUUUCAGGAGAGAGAGGAGCGACUGGAGCACAUGGCAGAGUCACCAAUGGCCCCUGGGCCAGACAGAAGGAAGUCGGACACGGGUGUCAGUUUGCCGUCUCUGCGAGUGUCGCUGAUUCAGGACAUGAGGCAUAUCCAGAACCUGAGUGAGAUCAAGACGGACGUGGGCCGAGCUCGCGGGUGGAUACGAUUGUCCCUGGAGAAGAAGCUCCUGUCUCAGCACCUCAAGCAGCUUCUGACCAAUCAGUCUCUCACCAAGAAGCUAUACAAGCGUUACGCGUUUCUCCGCUGCGAGGAAGAGAAGGAGCAGUUUCUCUACCAUCUCCUGUCCCUCAAUGCGGUGGAUUAUUUCUGCUUUACCAGCGUCUUCACCACUAUAGUGGUUCCGUACCGAGUGUUGAUCAUCCCCAUCAAGAAACUGAGCAACGCCAUCAACACGUCCAACCCGUGGAUUUGUGUGUCGGGGGAGUUUGGGGACACGGGCGUGAUGCAGAUUCCCAAAAAUCUCCUGGAGAUGACAUUUGAGAGCCAGAAUUUGGGCAAAAUGACAACAGUUCAGCUGGGACACGACAACUCGGGUCUUUUGGCCAAGUGGCUCGUUGACUGCGUCAUGGUCCGAAAUGAGAUCACGGGACACACAUACAAGUUCCCAUGUGGCCGUUGGUUGGGGAAAGGGGUAGAUGAUGGAAGCCUUGAAAGAGUUUUGAUUGGUGAGCUGAUAACCCCCAUGUCAGAUGAUGAUCUUGGGAAACAAAGCCGCACCCCUCCCCAACAGAAAUCUCCCACUGUGGCGCGCAGGCUGAGCAUAACCUCCCUUACUGGGAAAAAUAACAAACCAAAUGCUGGGCAGAUCCAGGAAGGAAUUGGAGAAGCCGUGAACAACAUAGUAAAACAUUUUCACAAACCUGAGAAAGAGAGGGGCAGCCUGACCGUCCUGCUGUGCGGAGAGAGUGGCCUGGUAGCGGCGCUGGAGCAGUUCUUUCACCAUGGAUUUAAAUCCGCUCGGAUAUUCCAGAAAAGCGUCUUCAUCUGGGACUUCAUAGAGAAGGCCGUGGUUUACUUUGAAACUACUGACCAAAUAGGGGACGGGGAAGCGGAUCAGUUGAUUCCAAGAUCGUCCUGCAAGACCUUCUGCCACUAUGUCAAUACGAUCGUCGCUGCCCCCCGCAACAUCGGCAAAGAUGGGAAAUUCCAGCUCUUGGUCUGUCUGGGGGCGAGGGAUCACUUGCUGGCCCUCUGGAUCCCCCUGCUAGCCGAGUGUCCGGCCAUCACCCGCAUGUACGAGGAAAACGCCCUUCUCAGAGACCCCAUGACUGUCAACACGCUCAUACGGGUGCUGCAGACUUUACAGGAUUUCAAUAUCGUGCUGGAGGGCUCGCUAGUUAAAGGCGUCGACGUGUAACCUUUAUUUUGUGGGGGCGGGGCAAAUCCACCUGAAGGUGGUUUCCCAAGGCACCCCUUGACGCUCAUGGGAACAAAAUGCUUCAGGCGUCCCCUCCCCCCACCCACCGAACCGUUCUCGUCUCAGAAGCUUGCAUUUGUUUCUGAAAAAAAGCCACGGGGGGCGGAGAAUUCAGUAUUGUUGCUCUGGGGGCAACGCUGCAGUGUCAUAGAGUAAAUUUGAAUCAGAUAUUUAGUACAAUAGAGUAUUUUUCCUGUGGUGUGUGUAAAUACUGCUGUCGUUUUUUAAGAAGAAGAAACGAAAAUAACGUUAGAAUUACCAUGAAUUAUUCCCCCUUUUUUCCCCCAUGAACUGUAAACGACAUCCUGACCGGGUAUUACAACUCCCAGCAUUCUCUGAUUGCCUGUGAGGAUACUGGGAGUUACAUGUCAUACUUGAUAAAGUGGAACCUACAAGAACCCUUUCCGCUUUCCCUUUAGACUCUUCCUCCUCCCCCAUUGACUGUGCUUGGUAUGUCCUACAGGUAAAGCCGCCUGGGAUCCCAUGAAAGUGAUAGAAAUACCUCAAAAUCCUGGGAUUGCCAUUGUUUUCCCCAAUAAUAAACCGCUGCGAGUAUUAAGCUGUAGUCACACAAUGGCCGUCUUGUAUAUUAAUAUAUAUAUAUAUAUUUUUUGUGAAUGUAAAAUGCUUAUUCUGAGGUUCUGUUCUCCCCUUGUACUUGAUUGUUUUAUUUAACGUUUCAAAGUGUUUAUAAAGGUGCGGCCCUCCUGCUGGACACGCUCUGGGCAUUUAAGGGUGCUGGGAGUUGCAGAGGAGAGGCCGGUGUAAGUGUUUCAUCUCAGUGUAUCUCCCUAUAGGACUGAGCUCUUGCUUAACACUGCUAACUGUAUUUUAGGCUUGAGACCUUCCCUGUAACCUUUAAUCUCUUUGGA